AUGGAUGUAUUUAGAAUGGUUCAAGCUCUCUAUGAAGGUCAUACUCUUCCAAAAUCAGUCAUUUAUAGAGUGGUUCAUGGAAGACUGGAUAAGAUUCUGCCAGGGUUGAUUCCUAGCAACCAGUCUGGCUUUGUGAAGGGAAGAAGCAUUAUUGGGAAUGUAUCGCUCACUCAAGAAAUUGUCAUAGAUAUUAGAAAGAGAGGAGAAGUGAUGUCUAGGUCACUUAAUUCUUUAUUUGAGCAUGAUCAAUAUAGGUGCUUUGGUAUGCCUAAAUGGAGUGCAAACCUCAAGCAUCUUGCUUAUGCAAAUGAUACUAUCAUCUUUGCAUCAGCUGAUAAACCAUCUUUGGAGCUGACUAUGAAUGUUUUGAGAGAAUAUGAGAAGAUAUCAGGUCAAUUGAUAAAUAGAGAGAAAAGUUUUUUCUACAUGCAUCAGAAAUCAGCUAUGCAGUUAUGUCAAGAAAUUGAGCAGAUAACUAGUUUCACAAGAGGCAUGUUUCCAUUUAAAUAUCUUGGUUGUCCUAUUUUCCAUUCUAGGAAAAGAAAAGUGUAUUAUAAUGAUCUGAUCAAGAGGGUGAAAGAUAGGCUGCAGAACUGGAAGGGAAGAUUUUACUGGAGCAACAAGGAAGAAGGCAAGAGUAGACACUGGUCAGCUUGGCUGAAAGUUUGUGUUCCUAAACAGGAGGGAGGAUUGGGAUUUAGGUCCAUCUUUGAUGUAUCAAAAGCUUUAUUUACUAAGUUAUGGUGGAGAUUCAGAACAGUUGGUACUUUGUGGUCAACAUUUAUGUGGAAUAAGCAUUGUAAGAAGCAUAUACCAACCAGGGUUCAAUGGAAAGGAGGCUCACAACUAUGGAAGAAGAUGCUAGAAGCAAGAGAUGCUAUAGAAAAGGAGAUAUGGUAG